UAAAGCAAACUCCCUAUUCAAAUUUUGUACGUAUUCAAAAAUUUUACUCAUCUUAUGUGAUAAUUUGUGCAUAUAAAUACCCUUUACUCCACUGUCACUCUUCUUAGUUUUCUCUCAGCUCCUCCUCUCCAAAAUGCCCCAUUAUUACCUUCACCGCCGGCCGGUUACUCCGGUGCCGGCAAUAUUUUGUUUUCUCGGAUUUUUUUUAUUCUUUUUCUUGGGCCCUUUGCCUGUUAAUGGGUGGCGUCCAUGGCCCAACCAAAAGCCCAACGCCACCGAGUUAGUCUACGGCGGGUCUAAAAAAUAUGAGGGCUCGUCGGAGUUUGUCCAUUUGAAAUAUCAUAUGGGCCCUGUUCUCACUGCAAAUAUCACCGUUUAUCCCAUUUGGUACGGACGGUGGGGAAAGUCCCAGAAGCGUAUUAUACGCGAUUUCAUCAGCUCAUUCUCGGCCUACGAUUCUAAACCGCCUUCAGUGGCUGGUUGGUGGAAAACGGUCCAGCUUUACACUGAUCAGACCGGAGCCAAUAUCUCCCGUAAUGUCCACCUCGGCGACGAGAAAAACGACCGGUUUUACUCACACGGUAAAUCCUUAACCCGGUUAACUGUACAGUCAGUGAUAAAAUCCGCCGUUACAGCUCGUACCCGACCGUUACCGUUAAACCCGAAAACUGGCGUCUACUUAUUGCUCACUUCUGAUGACGUGUACGUUCAGGAUUUUUGCCAAAACGUUUGCGGAUUCCAUUACUUCACUUUCCCGUCCAUCGUCGGGUACACUUUGCCGUAUGCUUGGGUGGGUAACUCCGCCAAGCUUUGUCCGGGUACUUGUGCGUACCCGUUUUCCGUACCGAAUUACAUGCCGGGUUUUAAAGCCGUGAAGUCACCCAACAACGACGUUGGAGUUGACGGAAUGAUAAGCGUGAUAGCUCAUGAGAUUGCUGAGCUAUCAACGAACCCGUUAGUGAACGCGUGGUAUGCGGGUCAGGACCCGAGUUUCCCGGUGGAAAUAGCGGAUCUUUGUGAAGGGAUUUACGGUACCGGCGGCGGCGGGUCGUACACCGGACAAAUGAUGAAUGAUAAAGAGGGUGCCACAUAUAAUAUGAAUGGGCUAAGAAGAAGGUUUUUGGUUCAGUGGGUGUGGAACCAUAUUCUGAAUUAUUGCACUGGCCCUAAUGCACUUGAUCAGUAAAUGUUCCAUUUACCAUUCAAAUCACUGGGCUCUCUUUGGACAUACUUUACUGUACUAUCACAUUCCCCCUUACAGAAUUCAAAAAUAAUGAGUUCUGCGAAA